UAGUUUGACGUCAUGGAUUACAUGGAAGAUGGUUUGUUCGAUGUGAUAUCUCGUGGUGACACGACUGCCUUUAAGGACUACCUUGAUCGAGGCUUAGAUGUCAAUCAUGCAUUCAGAAGUACCGACCGACAAGAGCGCCUCGGUAAAACCCUCCUAGAGGUCGCUUUAGAAAAGAGGCAACCGGAUAUUGCAGCACUGCUUGUCGAAAGCAAAUGCAAUGCAGAUCUGAAAUAUAUCGUUGAUGUACGAAACUAUGCGUAUUUCCUCCGUGAGUAUAAAAAGAAAGACAAAUUGAAGCUUACACCAAUGUUUCCGGCGAUAGUUCAUGGGCACUUGGCUACCAUCAAAACUUUGGUGAAAGGUGGAUAUGACGUCAGUAACUAUGAUGACCGGGGUUGCACUGCCUUGUGGCACGCAACAGAUUUAGACAGCUAUGAAAUGGUGAAAAUAUUGCUCAGUGGAACAAAUUCAAAAACAUCAGUAAAUAAGCCAGACAAUGCUAAACUGCGACCUCUCCAUAUUGCGGCGAUGCAUGGAAACAACCGAAUAGCAUCUUUGCUAACCAGGAGUGGCGCGGACAUAGAUGCUGUACAAAUUCGAGGUUGGACCUCCCUUCUUUUGGCGUGUCGCGCAGGCUCAGAACCGACAGCAAAACUACUGCUUUUGAACGGCGCUGAUCCAAAUCACGUGGGUAAAAAUGGCCACACCCCUUUGUCGACGUCACUGCAGUAUACGGAAAGCUACACUAUUGCGUACAUGCUUCUAGAGUCCGGCGCAGAAGUGAACUUGGAACUGUUACGGAGAUGCAGAGAAGAGAAAUUCAUGAACUUGCUGGCUAACCCCGGAUUGUACCAGCUCUUGAAAUUCUGUUCUGAAUCUCCCCAUACAUUACGGACUUUGUGUUGCAUAACGAUCAGAAAAUUCUUGGCGAAUUCUCCAAGUACUGUUCACUUGGUUGAAAAAGUUGAACAAUUGCCAAUACCGAAACUUAUCAAGGAAUAUAUUCUUCUAGGUCAUUUGAUAUAACAUGACUGAGAGAUUCCUUAAAGAAAUCAGCAGUAUUUUUUUUUUUUUUUUGUCUUUCAUUUUCAUUAA